AUGAUGGCGUCGCGUGAACGCGCAGUAAAAGUAAUGGCUGCUCUGGAUCGGCGGGUGCCUAGCCUCGAUGAUUUCGUGGGUCAAAGCUGGACUGCCUGGGCCGAAAGGGCCGGUGUGACAGCGGCGGAUGGGCCUGAAGCGGACGACUGCAGCAAGAAUGGCAAAAAAGCUGCAGAGGCCAUGUCUCUCUGUAAGGAGGACAUGUCCAUCUUUGGGCUCUACCCCGGCCACGAUGACUUCUUCCUGGUGGUGUGCAGCCAUUGUGGCCAAGUAGUGAAGCCGCAAGCAUUUGAAAAGCACUGCGAGCGGAGACACGGCCCCGUGGCCAAGCUGUACGCCCGACUGCGCUCUCCCACCCCUGCACCCCAGCCCCAGCAGAGACCCCACCAUGGCCACUCUCCCUCCCAUGGGACCAAUUCUGCAUCUGCAUCAUCCUGGGAGGGUCGAGGCCAAGGAGUUGGGCAGCUGCGGGCAGCCCCACCUUCGCCUUCCACCCCACCCCAGUACAGACACUCCAAGAACUCCAAGGAUGGAGUACGACAUUCCCCACUGGAGAAGUCAUCGUCCUACAGCAGCCACACAGAGUCAUCAGUAUUCAAGCAGCCGCCGCCUUUAGAGCCUCCGAUGAACUCUCCACCUCCGUCGCUCAGAGAUCCCCCCUGGCCGCACGGAAGCACCCCGCCUGGUAGACCUUUGCCCAGCGACAGGCCCCCCAGCCAGAGCCAGAGGAAGGACUCCUCUCUGACCUCUGCGGUGCCAGGCCACCGGAUCCCCAGACCCUACAACAAAGUGGCCUCCAAGAGGGAGUGCGACUUGGACAAACACUGCGGCGUCCUUGACCCUGACAGGAAGAAAGUCUGCACUCGCCUCCUGACAUGCAAUAUCCACUCCAUCCACCAGCGGAGGAAGGUCGUUGGCCGAAGCAAGAACUUUGAUCAGCUGGUGGCAGAACUCAAGACCAAGGUUCGGGAGAAAGGGGCCCAGUCUCUAGAGGGAGGCUCCUCCAGUGGACGAUCCCCCAGUCCGGAGGCUCCCAGGGAGCAGGCUGGGGCUCCACACUGCAGGAGACCUCUGGCCAGCCUCCCUGCUUUCAGUCGAUCUACUGGCGUGUCAGAGUGCACCCCCGAGGAGGAGAAGCAGCGGCAGGAUGAGGGAAGUCUCCGAGCCCCAUCACCUCUCGUCCAUGGGCGAAUCUCCAGCGACGAAAGUGAGGCAGAAGGACCUGAGGAGCUCUUAGAGUUCCCAUCUUCUGCUGCACAUCCCAGACCACUAGCGGUGUGUUCAUUCGGCAGCCAUGUGUUGGGUCACGGCAUCUACACGUUUGACAGGAGACUUCACCACCUGAGGUCAGCGCUCAGCAGUAUGCUGGAACAACACAUCAGCGCCCAUCUUUGGAAGAAAAUACCUCAAGCCACAGACCUUCAAGCUCCACCUCCCUCAACCAGGACCAUCACUUCCUCAUCUCCCUCCUCCAUAGCCACCACCUCCUCCUCUUUACAUUCUAAGGUGCGCACAGGAAGUCAUAUCAGUUCCUCCUUCAAAACUGCAUCCUCCUGCUCCUCUUCUUCCAGUCGUGGUCCAGGGAGACCCCCGACUGCCAUACAAUCAGAGAACUCCGGGGGCAGUGGCAGCGGCAUCGGUGGUGGUCACCUGGUGUCUCCAGGUAAGCCUGUGGCAGUGUGUCAGGUGGCUCCCGGGCGACCCAAGAACCCAGUGGGGCGUCCCAGCAAGCAGAUGCUGAAGCUGCGGCAGGAGGCUGCUGCUGCGGCAGCCCUCCGCAAACGAAAAGCCCCGUCCCAGGAAGGGGAGCACUCAGGCCCUGACAGGAACUGCAUCAUCCUCCAGGACCGGGGCCGCCCACCCUCUGCUGCCUCCUCCUCAUCUUCCUCUUCUAAAGCCCCCAUUCCCUCACCUCUCCCACACGGACAGACCAAUGGCACGCUUUCCCCCAGCAGCAAACCCCGCCCCCAGCCCUCUCCCUCAGAGUCCCACUCACCAGCCGCCAAGGCAGUCUGGACCUACAGACGGACACACCCUGCUCUGGGCCAUUCUUCACCCCCAGACCUCUCCUCCACCACCAACAACUCCCACAGCCGUGCUGGUGUGGGGGACUCAGGACUGCACGGGCAGGGCAGUGGGAGGGGCUUCGAGCACCAGGGGUUGGUGAAGAAACGCAAGGGGGGAAGCAUGGAGGAGCACCCGCCAUCCUCCAAAUCCUCAGCACACCGCCUGCCCUCCUCCUCCUCCUCCUCUUCCAGCUCUGCCACCACCUCCUCUCCACGCUCAAACUUCUACCCCUGGAAGGACAGUAAAGGCGGGGGGCUGGCUGGGGGUGUGGAGAAGAAACUCGGCACACAGAAGGUGAGUUCAGAAGACAGAAAGGCAGGGAACUAGUUACAGAGUUAAAGUUACAGUGUGCGGCUUCUCCCUGAGGCUGAGGCAAACAUGCCCCUGUUCCUAACAGUCAUUUUUAAAGAUUUGUUAUCAGCUGAUGUAACUGCCUUUAACACAUAGUGCCUAAAGUUUAGGGGUUCAAAAGUAAUUGGACAGAUACACAUGAAGGCAAACAAAAUGAUGAUGUUUCAUAUUUUGAUGGUCAAUGACCUGCCUGAAGUCUUCACCCGCAGACAUGAGCAAAUAUCUCGUAUCUUGCCUGGUGAUGCUCUCCCAGGCCUUCACUACACUGUGGGCUCUCUGCGUUUAGUCUGCUCCGUAGAAAGUGGAAUGCAGCUUCAUUGGACUGAGAUCAGGUGAUGGACUCAGCCAGUUGAGGUUAUUCCACCUCUAUUCACCCUGAAAAGCUCUCUGGUGGCCUGAGCACAGAGCCCUGCUGUUUGCCUCUGUAUUCAUCCUGCUGCACAGUCGGCAGUCAGAUCAUCAGUAAAUGCCCUUCACUUCCCUCUUUCUAUCAUUUUGACAGAGGAUAAUUUUUGUUUCAUCAGUCCAUGAUCAGAACUUUGUUCCAGACCUCCAUCGGUUUCUUUCUGUAUGUUUUUUUGGUUAAUGACAUCCUGGCCGCAUCUGUUUUUUGAGCCCUAGCAGGCUGAGGUUUCAGUCAUGAAGUCUUCUUUUUAUCACUGACAUGGAAACGUGGACGCUCACACCCAUGGAGAGCAUUCCUGACUUGCUGUGCUGUCAUAAAGGAGCUUCUGUCACCAUGCAAAUGAUUUUCCAGUCGUCCACAAGAGUUGUCGACCAGCUUGUUAAGCAAAACCAACUACCUCUGAUAGAUUUUUGCUUCUUAUUAUUGUUAUUAUUAUUAUUAUCUUCUUCACUUGCAUGAUGAACUGACUCUUAAAAAACACACAGUUGCAACCAUGUGUCCAGUUCCUUUUGAACCCGUGCAGUUUGGGCACAGUGUGCCAUCUCCCACAGAGUUCUUUCUGAAUUGGUGGAAGCUGCUCAAAUGAAUGCUGAGUCUUGGCGCUUUAAUGCAGUUUCCAUCAUUUUGUUUCAAAUUGAAUGUGCUGAAGCUCAGAGCCUGAAGAACAAAAAAAAAAAAAAAAGUGUAACUGUCCAGAUACAGUGUGCCUGCUCAGAAUAUGUUUACACUUAGUCUGGUUAGGUUAGCAUGAGUUCUGCUCAUGACUGACUAAUCUAACACAAGCCGGUUGGAAAACAUUAAAAGUUGAUUAGCUUUAGGUCUAAAAAGCUUGUCACCCUAUCCCUCUCAGCUAAGAGUUGUGUUUCCAUGGCAACAAUCUGUGACACCUGAUAGACAUGAUAGCAAGGCAUUGCGAUAACCCAUGUUAAGGAAUGUAUUUUCUGAUUUAAAAAGAUUACUGGAGUUAACAAAGUUCAGCAGCUCGAAGCUCCAUCAGCCCGAUGUAUUUUAAAUUGAAAGCUACGGAGUUUUUGUGCUGUUCCCAGCAAUGACCCUACAUCUCACAAACCAUCCAGUUUUCUUUCUGUUUUUUUUUUUUUUUUUGUACAGUUUUAAAGUGAAUAUACAAAUCAGCUGACAAACUAAAAGUAAUAAAUUCAAAUGUUUCUUUUG